AUGUCAGUUUUCGCUGGCAGCUUGUUUGGGGCCAAUGCAGAGAUCAAAGUCACCAUUCCUGUGGGGAGGUUAUUUACAUACGAGCUGCUGAGAGAGACUUUCCAGAAUGACUUUGAACCUUUGGCAAAACUUUAUGUUGGACACCUGUACAACGAUCCCAUGACUUUUAAGUGCAACAAGCAGGGUUUCCCAGACCUCCCAGAGUGGCUGCGCUUCAUCCAAAGACACCCCUUAGAUAAUGGCUUCCUGUACGGCACCCCAACAUCUCCAGGAAAAACCAUCAUCGAGAUUUACGCAAUCAACAAACGCAGCUACGAUACAGCCAGACAGAUUCUUGUAAUCAAAGUCGUCCCAGAGAAGAUGCUGCCUUAUCAAGCUGAGUUCUUCAUCCAGCUGAGGGAGGUUGAGAAGGUGCUGCCCUCUUCUGUUCAGAAGGAGAUCAAGCUGGAUUUGCAGUUUUUGUGGGACACAGAGGGUGUGGAGAUUGUAAAUAUUACCAACGCCCUGGAUCGAGGUGGCAGAGUUCCUCUCCCUCUUGCUGGACACUAUGAAGGCGUGUAUGUAAAGGUGGGGUCGGAGAAGUUCUUCUCAAAGUGUCUGCAGAGCGUGUGGACUGCAGGGCACCAGAAGCAGUGUGCAGCAGGGACCAGGGUUAAGGCCCCCGGAGGAUGCAACUUCUGCAGGAUUCCCAGCAACUGCAUCACCUGGUGCAAGACGGAGCUGAUUGACCUGACGAAGCAGGAACCAGACGCACCUGCUCCCAGCUCGGGUUCGGGGAUUUUAGAGGCCGGGGGUGACUUUGACCCUCCUGAGUCUCCCCCGAGCAGAGACUUUUUCCCAGACUACAUGGUGACUGUGAUCGUGCCCCUGAUCGUCGCCAUCGUUCUGUGUCUGCUGCUGGCCUACGUCAUGUUUGGACGGAGAGAGGGCGUUGAAAAAAGGAACGCAAGAACAAACAACAUCCAGCUGUACCACCAUCACACCAUCCACAGCAACGCCGACGAGCUGAGGAGCAUGGCUGCCGAGCGCGGGGUCCCUCUGCCUCUGUCCACGCUGCCCAUGUUCAACUGCCGGACGGGAGAACGGGCCUCACCCAUGGAGUCUGACAGCAUCCCUCUCAUCAUGGCCCAACAGGAUCCCUACAGUGACACCCUGCCAAGGAAGUAAACGCAACGAUGGAUAAAGUGUUUUUGACGCACUGAGAUUUAACCAUUUU